AUGAAAAUUGUCCGGAUUAUGAAGACUUGGAAACGUGUGGCUGUAGGCAAAAACUCAAUUGGAUUGGGUAGUGCUGCUGAUGCCAGGACAUUAGGAGCUGAUGAAAAUAGAGCUCCGCACAUAGAGGAGUUGAAUUAUGAUGUUGAAAAUGAGGCGUUUGUAGGACUGACUCAAGAUGAUCCGCCAUCAUCCGGUUCCAAAUCACCUUUGGUAUUUCCUGAAGUGUCUGUGGAGUCCACUCAGAGAAGAGCUCCCGCCAAAAGAACUAGAGGCCAGUUUGAGAUAAAUUCUGGUCACACUGAAAAUAGAUCGCAUCAGGAAUUCAUGGCAGAAGUUAAAAAAAUCACUACCACAAUGGAUGGAGUUCAAAGCCUCUUGGUGAAACGAGAUACUAUGCUAGAGAAGAGAGAAAGAGAAAAAACUUAUACAACUUGGGAUGCUAUCAAAGAAAUCCCUGAUUUGACUGAUGACAUUCGCGUGAAAGCAUUUGACUUGCUUGAUACCAAGACAAAGAAAGAUGAAUUUUUGAAAAUGACUAUUGCGGAACGAGCACGUUGGAUAGCUUUUAAGAUUAAAGAUUAG